AUGUAUAAUACUAGCUCUGAAGAAGAAUGUGGCAAUAUUUUAUCAAGUGAAGACGAAGAUCAACCAAAUAUGGGAAAAUCAAAAAAGAGAAUUCAAUUCAUUGUCCUGGAAAAAUUUUCAUUAAAGAAAUUAAAUGCAGCUCAAAAAAGAAAAUUAAAUAGACAGAUUUACGCCGAAGCAGAGUGGAAAAUUGAUAAAGGAAAUUGUGUUCGUGCGAGAAAUUGUAAUGGUGAAUAUACAAAUGACAAUCUUUGUAUGAAAUGUCAGCAGUUAAGAUCAAAUGAAAAACUGGUGAAUCGUGUGAGAGUUAAAAAACCUGAUGAAAAAAAAUUUAAAGGUACACAAAAUCUUCAAUAUUUCGAGGAGGUUACUAAUUUUUUGAUAGUACUUGAAACUAUAUGUCCUCGUGCAUUAGAUUUAUUUAGGCAAAAUUUGGCUGGCCGUAAUAUUCAAAAUAUAAGAUUUUUGGAUAAGAUUAAUUAUAAAGGACCAAUUGCGGCUAUGAGCGAUAAUAUCAAAUUAAAACCUAGUUUGCGUCACUCUUCCCAACUUGGAUGUAUUAUUGAUCCUUCUGAAACAAUUGCAAAUCCCCAUAAAAAAUUAAUUUUAGAAAUAGCACCACAAUUAAAUAUUUCUAUACUUUCAAUCGGUUCAGAUGGUGCAGCAUCAGAGUUUCAUGCACAAUCAAUUAUUAUGGAUAUGCAAACAACAGAUAAAGUAGGAAUAAAAGAUAGAUUAUUGAAUAUUAAUUUUAGUUGUCCAAUUUUCCCCAAUGUUGUUAAUUCGCCAACUUCAGUAUUAUAUAAGGGUGAUGUAAUUAAACUUGAUAGACAAGAUGAUGGAGCAGCAUAUCGAACCUUUUUACUUCUUGUUAAAUCACAUAGAGAAUUUUAUACCGAAUUUCCUUUAUUACCUUGGAUGCAUGGUUCCGAAGCAUAUGAACAUAUAUUUGGAAUAACACGACAAAUCCGGACUGAUUUUGAUUUUGCCGAACUUUUACAAAUGAUUCCCAAAAUUUCUCAAUAUUCCAAAUCUAUAUGA